AUGCAAUACAUGUCCGUCGUCCUGCCGCUGGCCGCCAUGGUCAGCGGCGCCCUCGCCAACCCUACCUGGGGUGGUGACAAGGCCGGUGCCUGCCAGAACAACGCCUGUCUGGCCGCUGUCACUGGCAAGGCUGCGCUGGGUGAUGGCAGCAUUCGAGCCUCCCACUGCGCUAGCUACCUCGCCACGACGGUUACACCUAUCGUCACAGAGACCGUGACCAUCACCGGAAAGGGCAAUGACAACUGGAAGCGCUCCACCGUCGCUCUCUGCCCCAACGAGGUGCCCAACUACGCCAGUGCCUGCGAUGAUGCUGCGUAUACUAGCGCAUGCUCGUGCUUCGGCUACACUGAGAUCAAGACGACCACCGUUGCACCCACCACCACCACCAAGACCGUCUGGGUGAAGCCUACUGGUGGUGCUGGUUCCUGCUCCGCCUCUACCGUCUCCGUGACAGCCACCUCGGUCGUUGUGUCUGGCUCAACCUGCGCCGCCCCUAGCACCUCUACCAAGGUGAUUGUGACUGGAACGACCGUCACCAAGACUGCAGGUGCCAGCACUGUCACCGAGACCAAGACCGAAACCAAGACCGAGACCAAGACCGAGACCAAGACCGUCCCAACCUGCAGCGCUACCUCAUCUAAGCCAGCCUCGGCUUGCAAGGUCGAUGAUGCUCUGGCCACCACCCUGGUCAACAACUUCGUUGACUUGCUUCAAUUCACUUCCUACGCCGGCGAUCGUGGUGCUCCCGGCCGAGGCUACCACCAGGCUGUUUCAGAUGCCACCCUGGCCACCGACUUCGUCGAUAUCUCUGACUCGAUCAACUUCAUGGCUGGUUUCCCUCUUGGCUCUGUCACCUUCAACAGCAAGGCCGCCUUCGACUAUGGCCAGGGUGUUCUCCAGCCCGAGGUCACUGUCAAGGUUCUUAACAUCUGGCACGACUGCAAGACGGUCACCUUCAGAUGGAGAAUCGUGUCUCUGCCCUUCCCCGUCAACGGUAUCAACCACAUGGAGAUCAACGAUGACGGCAAGAUCCAGAAGAACUACGCCGAGUUCGACAACGGUGCUUGGCUCCAGUCCUUCGGCCAGAACUGCACGACCAACAAGGCUAACCCGCCUGUUACGGUCGCUCCCUCUGUCGCGUUGAAGAUCUAA